UGAACGUACUGUUUGGCAUUUAUCGCAAAAGAAAACAAUUGUCAGCUGCAGCAAAUAAAAACUCAUUCAAUAUUUUCGCAAAUCUUUCUUAUCCAACACAAUUAAAGCGGCUGAAAGGGAAAAUGGAUUUACGAACAAUCUUUUUUUGUAUCUUGCAAGUGAUUAGUUUUAAUAUGUUACUUGCAAGCAAAAGCCAACGCUUAAAAGAUAUAAUGUACGAACCACUAAGUGGAGCCAGCUGUUUCAGACGUCUCAAUGGAACACAUCAAACGGGCUGUUCAUCUAGCCAAUUUGGUUCUGUAGGCGCACUACAUCUUAUACAAGUUGUGGAAGACUUUGAAUUUUUACUACGAAACCCACCUGCGCCGCCAUAUGCGCCCAUGAUACCACCGCACCUCUUCACACGGCAAAAUAUGCUGCGUUUAAAAAACGAAGCACAACAUAAUAUAACUGUAGUACUGCUGAUCAACGACAAUGAGAAGAUGACACAAUUUUCACAUGAACUCACCUGCCCGAAUCAAUAUAGUGGUAUAUUGCUGCCAAAUAGUAAAGAAACAGCGACUUGCGAUACCCGUAAUGCUGAGAAUGCAUGGAAUCCUUGGGGCACAGGACUGUUAUAUGAAGAUUUUCCAUUUCCCAUUUAUUAUAUAGCAAAUGAGGAAGAAGUCUACAAGCUGAAAUCAUGCUUUCAAAAGUUUAAUAAUUUUGACUAUAGUGGGCAUGCUACACGUAGUCUGUGCGCUGUUGAAGUAAGUACUUUUAUGUUUGCCGCCGUCAAUUCUGAAGUGUGUAUGCGUCGUUCGAAUGAUUCUAUAUUGAACAACAUCGCACAAUCCACUUUUUGCGAUCCCUUGGAAGGAGAGAAUGUCUACGCUACUAUGUACCCACGUAAUUUAUCAACUUCAGACAAUACUGAUCCUAGCGAAAAAUUUAUUUUAAUAACUUGUAGAAUGGAUACGGCCUCAAUGUUUGAUGGGUUAGGUUUGGGCGCUAUGGACUCGCUGACAAGCUAUGUGACAUUGAUAAGCAUUGCUAACACACUUAAGCAAUAUCUACCUCAUAACUACUCGGACUUAACUAAAAAACUGAACAUACUCUUUGUUAUAUUCAACGGUGAAUCAUUUGAUUAUAUCGGCUCACAACGAUUUGUCUACGAUUUAGAAAACUUGGAUUUUCCAUUACACGCAACUCAAACAGCGCCAAUUUCUUUCGAAAAUAUUGAGUUAAUGAUCGAUAUUGGUGUACUAGAUGAAAUCUCGACAAUAAAUGUGCACACCUUAAAUACAUCUGCACAGGCUGAAUCGUUUGCAGCUGCAUUAAAUUCACAAAGUCAAAACUUCGAUAUCAAAUUUGAAUUAAAGGUGGGUACAAAUAUACCACCGACAUCGGCGCAAUCAUUUCUGCGCACAAAGCCUUAUUUCCCUGCCAUCAUAUUGAAUUCAAAGCCGCAGAACAAAUACUAUCACUCCAUAUAUGACAACGCGGCAAAUGUUAAUUACACAUAUGGCAACUACACCGAACAAAAUUACACAAAACUGUUGUCAACAGAGGAUUCAUUGCAAUAUUUCUCAGCUGAUUCAGUGCAAAUGAAAAUACGCAAUGUGUCCACGAGUGUAGCCUUGGCACUGUCACAAAUGCUCUUUAGCAAAGGUCCGCUCGAGAAAGGUUACGCUAGUCCCUUGUUAGUGGAUGAACUACUUCAUUGCUUUCUACAGUCGGCUGAUUGUAGACUGUUUAAAGAUGCUUCACCAGUGAAUAGCCCGGCAGGACGACCAAUCCCACCAUCACGUUAUAUCAGCGUUAGUGGUAGCCCUGUGGCACAGGAGACAACUGGUUGGACAUACCGCGUUUUAGGUUUACUGCUGUCAACUGAAGUAGCUGAUGUCGUGGAAGAAAAGUGUGGACCACUUCCACUGCGGUGGAUAACCGGUCAAAAGGGCACUGGCGAAUGUCGAAUAACGACACAGAACCUUAGUCAUGCGCUCAGUCCCGCGUUUUUAAUAGAUGGUUACGACUGGAAAUCGGGCCAAUACUCAACAUGGACCGAAUCAACCUGGUCCAGUCUCAAAGCGCGUAUGUUCCUACGGCCAUCAAGAGUACACGAGCUCGUCACACUCUCCAUUGGCAUUGUUGUGUUGAUCAUUUCAUUUUGUUUAGUCUACAUUAUUAGCAGUCGCACAGAAGUGCUUUUCGAAGGCGCCACAACAAGUUCCGAUGCGUUAACGGCUCCGACUGCGUGUUAAUAACCAAAACAAACGCAAAAGCAAUUCGUCGUAAACAUGUAAACAUAAAUGACAAGACCGUCUCUCUAAUUCAAAUUAUUUAUGCAUAUGCUUAAUAUGAAAUGUCGAUAAAAAAAUAAUUAAUGUAAAGUCUACUCAUAACCAUCAU